ACUCGAGCACCUUUCUCAUAUUAUACGUUUUGUUUGGAUGCAAAACACCUAUGAACACCAAUGUUUGUUCCUAUGUCGUCUUGUCUCCUGAUUUCGAAACAUGCAUUUCCCGUGAUCCAAUGCUUUGUGCCCCUGCUGACAGCAUAUGGUCAUUCGUGAAUUUCUGGUCUUGACAGUCUUUACCACGGAGCCCUCAGCGCUAUCUCAGUGCUUGAAAGGAAGUUGCAGUUUUUCGAUCUGUAUCAUCCUACGAGACAAUGCUCCAAUAUUGAAUCAAGAAGAAGUUGGGCUCUCUGACGCCUUAUCCACGAUUGAACCCUCCUCAUGGAGUGGUAUGGUUGUUGCCAAUGGAUUAUGGCCAUUCGUUUCACCCUGCACAUCAUAUACAGAUAUAUCUUCUAUCCAUCACUGCUGCAUCGUGUCACCGUUUGAUGCGUGAAUCAACAGAUGUUUCUCCAAUGAAAUAUUGCCCCAUGAUG